AUGCCAUCCAACCCCAGCUUCAAUUGGCUGAAACUUCAGAAUGUCUAUUAUAAUAUUCGAACAUGCUAUGAUAGUUUAAAUUGGACAAUUGAUAACCUUUACUACAAUUACAUCGUGGCCCUUUCUCCCAAUGCAACACUUGUUGCCAUUGCCUCCAAAUUUGUCCCCCAUCCAAAUUUAAUAGAGGUAUAUUCUGCCAGUGGGGCCAAAAUAUGGUCAAUUGUAUUCAAUAGUAGUCUAGAAGAAUAUAUUCAUAGCUUCCACUUCAGAGGUGAAGAUUUGGUGGUUAUACUCAACAAUGGAGUCUACCGCUACUAUAACGACUUUAUGGGCAAUUUCAAUGAGUAUAGUUAUUUAAAGCAUUUAACACCGAUGGACAAUGUUGGUAGUUAUAAGAAUGGAGAACGAUCCAAGCCAACCCUAAUUACAAAUUUAGAGAAUAAUGAAACUGAGGAGAUUCAUAAAAUACUCGAAGUUCAAGUAUGGAAUUCCUAUUUGGUUAUACGAAUGGAUGUUAAGUUUAUUAUAUGUGAUUUGAAUACUUUCACCAAUUUUGAAAUCCCAUUGGAAUUACCUGAUAUAACUACAUUCAAGUUCCAGCCAGUUGAUAAGGAAGAAGCUUUGAUUAUACAUGCUCCUUGUAAACAAACAAUAAUGACCCUCAAAAUCGAUAUUGGUCUAACCACAUAUGAAGUUAUAGAUCAAGAACUCACAGAUGGUCCCUUUACCGACAUUUCAAUCUCCCUGAAUGGGCAACUAAUUGCUCUUUUCAAUAGAAUAAUGAAGAAGAUAUUUGUCAUUAAUAAUAAAUUCGACCAAGUACUCAUGGAAUAUGAUACAAUCAACGAAUCCAGUAUUCCUUAUCAAAUAGAAUGGUGUGGUAAUGAUGCUAUUGUAUUAUCAUUCAAAGACGAAGUUAAAUUGAUAGGUCCGGGGCAGCAAUCAAUCUCAUUCUUUUACGACAUUGAAGAUGAAAGUGAAUUCGAUUUAGAUAUGCUUUUAAAGGACACUGCUAAAGAAGAAUUGUCAUUUACAAUUCCAAUCUUGCAAUCUUCUAUUGAUGGGCUACGAAUAAUAACUACUAAUAAAGUUCAAUUCCUUAGUCGAGUUUCAGAAACAAGUGUGCAAAUGUAUCAAGUUGGAUCAGCACAUCCAAGUAGUAUUUUGGUUGAUUGUAUUGACAAGUUUGCCCUGAAUGCAUCUAAGGCAGAUGCAAAUAUAUCGAUAUUGAGAAAUGAUGGUACGUUAUUAGAAGCCAUGACUGAAUGUUUAAAGGUGGCUCUUGAUGAGUUUGAUCAUGUUUGGCAAAAGCGGGCCCUCCGAGCAGUAUCAUUUGGAAAGAUUUACUAUGAUGACUAUUAUGAUUCUGAUGAAUAUUUGUCUGUGCUUAACAGUAUUCAAGUAUUGAAUCAAAUUAGAUCACCCGAAAUUGGAUUGUUUCUAACUUAUGAUCAAAUUAAGAAUCUAGGUUGGAAAUUGAUUGUACAGAUGUUAUUGAAGAGGAAUCAACACUAUCUAACCCUCAAAGUUAUUGAACGACUCAAAUUGGAUAAUCUUAAGGAAUUGGUAUACAUUCAUUGGUGUUGUUAUAAAAUUAAAAAGGAUCUUGAUACUUCAGAUGUGGAAUUAUUUAAAAUUAUAACAGAAAAAUUGGUUUCAUUAAGUUCUAAAAGAAUAAACUACAUUUCAGUGGAGCAAAUAUCGGAAGUUGCCCACGAAGAAGGACGAAAUACCCUCUGUAAAUUUUUGGUGAGUCUUGAACCUUCUGUAUCCAAGAAAAUCCAACAACUUUUACAAUUCGAAGAAGUGGAAUCGGCUCUCAUAAAAUCAUUCCAAUGUGGAGAUUAUGAUUUGUCGAAACUUAUUCUAUUAUAUUUACAAGAUUCGUUAUCAAUCUCACAAUUUUUCCGAGUUUUGAACCAAAACGAACUGGUGAUUCAAGACGAUGGGGAAAAAGAGUUGCAAGACUUGAAUGUCAAGAUUUCGUCAAAUACUAUGAAUGUAACUGGUGAAUUAAUUGGACACAUGUGGAUUGAAGCUAUCGGGAAAUAUUCUCCACUGCUCCUAGAAAGAUAUUAUAAGCAAGAGGGGAAGAAUAAUGAAUUAAAUAGCCUUAAAUUGAAAUCUUUGGAAUCUCGUACCCCCGAUAAUAGUGAAGAAUAUUACGAAACUGUUAAACUGACGCUACACAAAUCAAUGAAUCGAUCUUUGAAUAAACGAUCUAUGAAAGCACUACAAAAAGAACUUUCUAUUUUGGAGUUACAAAAGAAGUUGGGGGAGACAUAUAUGACAAAUUUCUACUCGGAAAAAUCAAUUACGGCUAUCCUUACUAGAUUGAUUAAAAUGAACCAAUUGAAGCCAGCAAGUAAGAUUAUGCACGAUUUUAGUGUUUCCCAGGAAAAAUAUUGGUAUCUUGCCCUCAAAACAUAUUCAGAAUCGAAAGAAUUUGACCGCUUGUACGAGUUUGCAUUUGGGUCACUAGAUGCUACCACCGCAAAAUCACCAAUUGGAUUUGAACCGUUUGUUGAAACUGGGUUCAAAUGCGGAGCUCCUAAGGCUCACAUUUCUGCAUAUAUUCGAAACUCGCAAAAGUACAAGUAUGCUGACAAGGCACAACAUUUUGCUAGGAAUGAAGAUUAUGAACUGGCUGGUUUAGAAGCAUUUAGAAUGAAAGAUGUGGAGCUAUUGAGAAAUAUCCUUGCUUCUAUUCCUCUGUCAAAUCAGCAAGGGAUAAAAGUGAUAAAGGAGUAUAUUGAGAAUUUGGGUUAUUGA